CUGUAUGAUAGGUUCAAAAGGUGAUAUUUGAAAAUAAUAAACCGACCAUCAGUUUGUUAGAUGAGUUUUUCUCAACUAUGACUGAGCUAUUCUAUGAUUUGUCACCAGAACAUACUACAAAUGUGCAUAGAUUUGAUCCAUCACGAACAGACAAAAGCAUAGACUGACAUAGAGUGUAAUUUAAAUGCAUGACAGAAGCUCUACAUGAAUUAAAACUGGUGGUUUCAUAAUUGAUAGUAGUGAAAGUAAAUAUAGAAAUGCUGUGUUGUGCUAUAGUGCUGAUUUUAUCUGUUAUCCAGCAAGGUGAAUCUUUGCAACAUGAAAUUGAAGUAUUAAAUAUCAGUCAUAUGGAGAGUUAUUCAAAUGGGGUGAAGGAAGAAAGGAACUCAAAUCCUGAUGUAGAAAACAGAUUGAGAAAUGAGAGUCGGACGAAAGAUUCUAGGAAACUCGAAUACACAUCCAAUAGAAUUGUAGGAGGCAAAGAGUGUUCCAUUGAACAAUAUCCAUGGAUGGUUUCAUUAAGAACAACGAAACGAUUAAGCCAUUACUGUGGAGGAGCCUUAAUAUCAUCCAGAUGGAUUCUUUCGGCCGCACACUGUUUCGAAAAAUCAUACAAAUCUCCAUGGAGGGUGACCGCUAUAGUUGGAUUAUCGACACUUCGAAGAAUAAGAUCUCAGGCGAUUAUGGCAAAAAAAAUAUUCAUACAUAAAGACUACGAUAGCAAAGCCAUAACAGAUGAUAUUGCCCUAAUUGUUUUAGAAUACAAAGUUUCUGUGCACCUUAGUGCUAUCGGUUUCAUUGAAAUACCAGAAAAACCUUUACCUUCAGACUUGUCGAUGCAAUGUCCUUCCAAAUCCUUCAUUGUUGCUGGUUGGGGGUCUCAAAAAGCUUAUACAACUGAACCCCCACCUUAUAAGAGUUCCCCUCACCUGAUGUGUGUUGAUGUCCCAUUCAUCACCAACAAACAAUGUGCAAAAUACUCCUGGGCAGCUAAUAAUCCAAAUGUUAUAUGCACUUUAUAUGAGCCAGGGGGUAAAGAUGCUUGCCAAGGAGAUUCUGGUGGACCUUUGUUCUGCAAGGGCGUCCAAUAUGGUAUCGUGUCGUGGGGACGUGGAUGUGCCGCACCCCAAUCACCCGGAUUUUACACCAGAGUCGAUAGAUACUUGGAUUUCAUUAAGGAAACUAUGGAUAAUUACGUUGAUGCAUCAUCAUGUUGUAGGGUUGAUUUCUGUCUCAUAACGAUUAUUAUAAUCAAAAUUUUUUUCAUAUGCAUGCAAAGUACUUUUUGUUAUCUUGAUGAGUUUUUCCAGAAUUUUCACUAGCUUAAUUGAGAUAUAUUCCUCUUGUAAGUAAUCGGAUAUAAGUUAAUCAAUAAAAGGAAAUGAACUUAAUGGUCUCUGUCUUUUUUUUCUGACCUGCACUCGUACAACGGAUUUGAAA